AUGUCCGAAUACAUCCUCACCUUACUCGUCAUACUGGGAUUCGGGGAUAUAUUCUCAAAUGUUCAGACACCGAGGGACGCUGAUACAGAGCAAGAGCCCAUUUUAUGUGAUGUUGGAGAGUUUCUAUGCGGUGACCAGCUGACCUGUGUGUCCGAGAGCUGGCUUUGUGAUGGGGAACCAGACUGUCCAGAUGGUUCUGAUGAGGUUCUGGACAAAUGUAAGGUGGAGGUGAUAGUCAGAUGUCCUCUAAAUCACAUACAGUGUAUAGGGACGAGAAAGUGCAUUCACUUCAACAAGCUCUGUAAUGGGGCGAAAGACUGUGAGGACGGUUUUGACGAAGGAGUCCACUGUCGAGAACUCCUGUCAGCCUGUCACGAGCUGCAUUGCCGUUAUGGAUGCAUCAUGACCAGAAACGGCACAUUCUGCUUCUGUGCAGAUGGAUUCGAGGUGGGAGAGGAUGGGCGUAGCUGUAGAGAUCAUGAUGAAUGCACCAUGUACGGGACAUGCAGCCAGACCUGCAUGAACACCUAUGGGUCAUAUCGCUGCAGCUGUACAGAUGGGUACAGCCUGCAGCCGAACAGACGCUCCUGCAUAGCCAAACACGAGCUCGGUGAAAACCCUGCAGCGCUGCUGAUUGGAGGCUCGGAUAAUAUUAUAAUCACAGCCCUAAAUGGAUCCCGCCUGCAAACCCUCAAACAACUGGACUCAAAUGGAACUCAUGGCUUGGAUUUCAACCAUAAAGAGGAAUCAGUAUGCUGGGUCACAUCCUCAGAGUCCUCCGGACAACUCCGGUGUGCCAGGAUGAGGAAAGCAAGUGGCUUCACUAAAGAACAGGAAGUAAAGACAGUCCAGAAUCUCCACGACGUUGAUCAAUUAGCCUUUGACUGGCUCACAGGAAACUUUUACUUCGUGGAUCAAGCAAGCGACAGAAUAUUUGUUUGCAACCAGUAUGGAGACACCUGCGUUACAGUGAUAGACCUCGACCUGUUGAACCCUAAAGCAAUCGCUCUGGAUCCUCUAAUGGGGAUGCUCUUCUUCACUGACUAUGGGAAUCAAGCCAAACUGGAGCGCUGCAACAUGGAUGGCACCAACAGAACCCGACUUGUGGAUUAUAAGGUUGAGUGGCCGACUGCAUUGGCAUUGGAUUUGGUAAAAAAACUGGUGUACUGGGCAGACGCAUAUCUGGAUUACAUUGAAAUGGUGGAUUACAAUGGCAAAAACAGAUACACUAUCAUCCAGGGAUAUCAAGUGGCCCACCUGCAUGGAUUAGCUGUCUUUGAGGACUACUUGUACGCAACUCGUUCUGAACCCUCCAGUGGAGCAGUGGUAGACAUUUUACGGAUAAAUCGCUUUAAUGUCACAGACCCGGAGACGCUAACCAGCAUAGGAAAUGCAAAAACAAUAAGGGUUUACCACAAGCUCAGUCAACCAAAAGUCAAGGGCCAUGCGUGUGAAGCUGACCCUUAUGGUAAACCAGGAGGAUGCUCGCACAUCUGCCUUCUCAGCGGGAGCUACAAAUCCCGGAGCUGCCGCUGUCGUACCGGAUUCAGCCUGGGAAGUGAUGGGCUGUCCUGCAAAAAACCCAAGAAUGAUCUUUUCCUGUUCUAUGGAAAGGGACGACCUGGGACAAUCCGUGGUUUGGACAUGAAUGUGAAGUCUAUCAAUGAGCACAUGGUUCCUAUUGAGGACUUGGUGAAUCCAAGAGCUCUUGACUAUCAUGCUGAAACCGGAAACAUUUACUUUGCUGAUACUACAAGUUUUUUGAUAGGGUGUCAGAAAGUCGAUGGAAGCAGUCGGAAAACAAUUCUCAAAGAUGAUCUUGAUAAUGUGGAGGGGAUUUCAGUAGAUUGGAUUGGAAAUAAUCUCUACUGGACCAACGAUGGCUACAGAAAAACCAUCAGCGUGGCUAGGCUGGAGCGGGCAUCUGAAACCAGGAAGACUCUUUUAGAGGGAGACAUGUCUCACCCUAGAGCCAUAGUGGUGGAUCCUUUGAAUAGUUGGAUAUACUGGACGGAUUGGGAAGAGGAUGAGGUGAACGACAGCAUCGGUAGAAUAGAGAAAGCCUGGAUGGAUGGUUCCAACAGGAAAAUAUUUGUCACAUCUAACAUGCUGUGGCCCAAUGGACUCACUCUGGACCAUGGAACCAGUACCAUGUACUGGUGUGAUGCCUAUUAUGAUCACAUUGAGAGAAUCUACCUCAAUGGCACUGGCAGAAUGGUUGUGUACAGUGGCAGGGAACUCAAUCACCCGUUUGGGAUUGCACAGUACCAAAAUUCCAUCUUCUGGACGGAGUACAUGAAUGCCUCCAUCUUCCAGCUGGAUCUGGUCUCUGGUGAAGUCACUCUGUUGAGGAGUGAACGGCCACCUCUGUUCGGGCUCCGAGUAUAUUAUGCACAAAGCCAGCUGGGUGACAAUGCCUGCCGGGUGAAUUAUGGUGGUUGCAGUACCCUCUGUUUGGCCGUCCCAGGAGGCCGGGUGUGCGCAUGUGGCGACAACCAGCACCUGGACAAGAACAAUGUCACAUGCUCUGACUCUGCAGGUCAAGAGGAGCCCCAGCAGUGCAAAAAUGAUGAGUUUCAGUGCAGAAACUGGCGCUGCAUACGAGUCAAUUGGAUUUGUGAUGGAGAUGAUGACUGUUUAGAUGGCAGUGAUGAGGAGGCCCACAUAUGCUCUAACCACAGUUGCCCAGUUGACCAGUUCAAGUGUCCCAAUAACCACUGCAUACCCAAAAGGUGGCUUUGUGAUGGAGCCAAUGACUGUGGAGAUAACGAAGAUGAGUCUAAUAAAACAUGCUCAGCCCAGCCAUGUCGGGCUGGUCAGUUCACCUGUGGUAACGGUCGCUGUGUACCAGAUGCGUGGCGUUGUGAUCAAGAUGAUGACUGUGGAGAUAUGUCAGACGAGUCCACUUCCUGUGCGUUCCCUACCUGUGAAGCUCUCAGCCAGUUCAGCUGUGCUAAUGGGAGGUGCAUUAGCAUGAAGUGGCAUUGUGACUCAGAUGAUGACUGUGGAGACAACAGUGACGAGGCGGGCUGCGUCCACUCCUGUGCUAAUGGCCAGUAUAAAUGCACCAGCGGCAGGUGUAUCCCAGACCACUGGGCCUGCGAUGGGGACAACGACUGCGGGGACUUCAGUGAUGAAAAUGUGACUUGUGCUGGUGUUGCCCCUGGGAAGUGUAUCAGCAAGAGCUGGGUGUGUGACGGCGACAACGACUGUGAAGACCGCUCAGAUGAAGAUUCGUGUGAGUCCUCCAUCUGUAAGCCCCCCACUCAGCCCUGUGCUAAUGACUCCAGAACCUGCCUGCCCCCCAACAAGAUCUGCGAUGGGAGAAACGACUGUGCUGACCGUUCGGAUGAGGGUCCUUUUUGUGAGAAAUGUUUGCAAGGUAAUGGGGGCUGCAGUCACCAAUGUUCAGUGAUCCCCAGCAAAGGGGUGGUGUGUUCAUGUCCCAUCGGACUCCAUCUUGGCUCUGACAACCGAACAUGCGAGACGGUGGACUACUGCUCUGCUCACCUGAAAUGUAGUCAGAUAUGCGAACAGCAUAAGACCACUGUCAAGUGCUCCUGUUAUCCCGGCUGGAGACUUGAUCCAGAUGGAGAGAAUUGCCACAGCACAGAUCCCUUUGAGGCUUUUGUUAUCUUCUCUAUCCGGCAUGAGAUCAGACGAAUCGACCUUCAUAAACGUGACUACAGCCUACUCGUGCCCGGCCUGCGGAACACCAUCGCUCUCGACUUCCACUUCAACCGCAGUUUGCUUUACUGGACCGACGUGGUAGAGGAUAAGAUCUAUUGGGGAAAGCUCUCCGAGACCGGAGCAUGCAGCAUGCUAUUCUGGACUGACUGGGAUGCCACUUUUCCACGGAUUGAGGCAACGUCAAUGAGUGGAAGUGGAAGACAUGUUGUGUACAAGGACAUGGAGUUUGGAGCCUGGCCUAAUGGACUCACGCUAGACCAUCAGGAAAGGAGAAUAGUGUGGACAGAUGCUCGCUCAGAUGCAAUAUAUUCAGCCCUGUAUGAUGGCACGGGGGUCAUUGAGAUCCUCAGGGGCCACGAGUACCUGUCACACCCGUUCGCUGUGUCUCUCUUUGGAGGAGGUGUGUACUGGACAGAUUGGAGGACCAACACUUUAGCCAGAGCGAAUAAAUGGACAGGCCACAAUGUAACCGUCAUUCAAAAGACAAGCGCCCAGCCGUUUGAUCUGGAGAUAUACCAUCCUAGCAGACAACCUCAAGCCUCAAACCCGUGCGAGGAUAACGAUGGAAGAGGCCCUUGCUCCCAUCUUUGUCUCAUUGAUUACAACCGCACGGCAUCUUGUUCAUGUCCUCAUCUCAUGAAGCUUUCCCUCAACAACCGCUCUUGUGUGGCCCUGAAGAAGUUCCUGUUGUAUGUGAGACGAUCUGAGAUCCGUGGAGUGGAUAUCGAUAAUCCGUAUAUGAACGUCAUGACUGCUUUGACGGUUCCUGACAUUGAUGAUGUCACUGUGGUGGAUUAUGAUGCUCUUGAGGAAAGGAUAUACUGGGCGGACGUUAAGACUCAAACAAUAAAACGUGCCUUUAUCAAUGGAGCAGGCUUUCAAACUGUUAUUUCUGGAGAUAUUCAAAACUGCCGUGGGCUGGCAGUAGAUUGGCUCUCGAGGAACAUGUAUUGGCUGAGCUCUGAGAACGAGGAGACGCAGAUCAAUGUUGCCCGACUAGACGGAUCUCUAAAAACCUCAGUCAUCUAUGGGAUUGACAAACCAAAGUGUCUGACUGUGCACCCAGCCAAAGGAAAAAUCUACUGGACCGAUGGAAAUACAAUAAAUGUAGCCAAUAUGGAUGGAAGCAACAGGAAGGUUCUUCAUCAAAAUCAGAGAGAACCAGUUGGACUUUCGAUUGACUUUCCAGCUGGGAAGAUGUAUUGGAUCAGUUCUGCUAAUGGUACUAUCAACAGGUGCAAUCUGGACGGUAGUGGUUUUGAGGUCAUUGAAAGCAUGAAGAGGGACUUAACUAAAGCCACGGCUCUAGCAGUCAUGGGUGGCAAGCUGUGGUGGGCCGAUGAGGAUCUGGCUCAGCUGGGAACGGUCGCCAAACGGGAUGGACGUAACCCGGCAGUGCUACGCAAUAAGACCAGCGGAGUGGUACACAUGAAGGUGUACGACAGAGAUGGUCAGAAAGGUAGGAAUGCCUGUCAGUUGAAUAACGGUGGUUGCUCGCAGCUCUGUCUGCCCACAUCUGAAAACACACGCACAUGUGCCUGCACCAUUGGCUACAACCUGCGCAGUGACCGUCUCUCCUGUGAAGGCCUGAGUUCUUUUCUGAUGUACUCUUUUCAUGAGGGGAUACGUGGAAUCUCUUUGGAUCCCAGUGACCACGCCGAGACCCUGAUGCCCAUCAGCGGCACCUUGUUUGCUGUUGGCGUGGACUUUCAUGCAGGCAAUGAUACAGUUUACUGGACAGACAUGGGAUUAAACCGGAUCUCAAGAGCCAAGAGGGAUCAGACAUGGAGGGAAGACAUUAUCACUACUGGCAUCAACAGAGUGGAGGGCAUCGCAGUCGAUUGGAUUGCUGGUAACCUUUACUGGACAGACCAUGGCCUCAACUUGAUUGAAAUCGCUCGUCUGAAUGGUCUCUACCGUUCAGUUGUCAUAUCAGAAGGGCUGGACCAGCCAAGAGCCAUUGCAGUGCAUCCACAGAGAGGUUAUUUAUUCUGGACUGAGUGGGGGAAGAAUCCUUGCAUAGGUCGUGCACGGCUGGAUGGUUCAGACCAAGUGACCCUGGUCAGUUCUGGUAUCGCCUGGCCGAAUGGAAUCACCAUUGACUAUGAGGAAAAUAGAUUAUACUGGUGUGACGCCCGGACCGACAAGAUAGAAAGGAUCAACCUUGAAACCGGGGAGGGCCGAGAGAUUGUACUGUCAGCCGCCAACGUGGACCUGUUCUCCGUGGCUGUGUUCGGGGCUUACAUCUACUGGUCUGACAGAGCCCAUGGCAACGGAUCGAUCCGGCGUGGAUUCAAAAGCGAUGCCACUGAUGCCGUCACGAUAAGAAGUGGUCUUGGUGUCAACCUGAAGGAUGUGAAAGUGUUUAACAAAGGCCGGGAGAAAGGCACAAACCCGUGUGCGAGGAGCAAUGGAGGUUGUCAGCAGCUGUGUUUUCACCUGGGCAGCGGAAGAAGGACGUGUUCAUGUGCUCAUGGGUACUUAGCCGAAGAUGGCUUUGCUUGCCAAAGAUAUGAGGGCUAUCUUCUGUACUCUGAACGGACCAUCUUGAAAAGCAUCCACCUGUCUGACGAGAGUGAUCUUAACUCCCCUCUCCAACCUUUUGAGAAUCCAGACUACUUCAAAAAUGUCAUCGCUCUGGCAUUCGAUUAUCGGCAGCAGGCCUCACACCACAACCGCAUAUUCUUCAGCGACAUCCAUUUUGGGAAUAUUCAGAUGAUCAAUGACGAUUGGUCUGGAAGACAGAUCAUAGUUGAAAGUGUGGGUUCGGUUGAGGGCUUGGCUUAUCACCGUGCCUGGGACACGAUUUACUGGACUAGUUCCACCACCUCAAGCAUCAGCAGAUACACAGUAGACCAGAGCCGACAAGCAGCUUUUACCAGGCAAGCCGUUGUCACCAUGUCUGAGGAUGACCAUCCCCACGUCUUGGCCCUGGAUGAAUGUCAAAACCUCAUGUUUUGGACCAAUUGGAAUGAGCAGCACCCCAGUAUCAUGCGCUCCACUCUUGCAGGGAAUAACAUGAAAAUCAUCAUUAGCACAGAUGUAUUCACUCCUAACGGACUCACAAUUGACCAUAAAGCGGAAAAGCUGUAUUUCUCUGAUGGCAGCUUGGGCAAAAUUGAACGCUGUGAAUAUGAUGGCUCCCACAGACACGUGAUCGUAAGGUCGGGGCCUGGCACAUUUUUUGGACUUGCUAUCCACGGAAACUACAUUUUUUGGUCUGACUGGACUCGGCGGGCUGUGCUACGGACCAACAAGUUCACCGGAGGAGAUACUAAAGUUCUCAGGGCUGAUAUUCCCCACCAGCCAAUGGGAAUUAUAGCAGUUGCCAAAGACACUAAUAAUUGCGAACUAUCUCCAUGCAGGGUUCUGAAUGGUGGCUGUGGUGACCUGUGUCUCCUUACUCCACAUGGCACAGUCAACUGCAGCUGCCGAGGAGAGCGGAUACUGCUCGAUGACUACAGAUGUGUGUCCAAAACGUCCUCUUGCAACAUCCACACUGAGUUUGAGUGUGGAAAUGGGGAAUGUAUAGACUACCAGCUAACAUGUGAUGGAAUUGCCCACUGCAAAGACAAGUCAGAUGAGAAAAUGCAAUAUUGUGACAACAGGAGCUGUCGAAAGGGUCACCGUCCUUGCUACAACAGGCGUUGUGUGGCUAACAAUCGCUUUUGUGAUGGAAUCGAUGACUGUGGGGACAACUCAGAUGAGGCAUUUUGUAACAAUGUCACGUGUGCUGCGUCUGAGUCAUCCUGUCAAGAUGGAACUUGCAUAUCAAUAUCCUCCUGGUGCAAUCAGGUCAUCGACUGCGCCGAUGCCUCGGAUGAAAAGAACUGCAAUCACACAGAUUGUGGAGACUUUUACAGGAUGGGAGUGGCAGAAAAGGUCUUUGUCAGUUGUAACAGCACCUCACUCUGCGUUCACCAUUCCUGGCUGUGCGAUGGAGCCAAUGACUGUGGAGAUUACGCCGAUGAGAGGAACUGUCAGGUCUCCCACAGGCAGAAAUGUGCAGAAGGCCACUUCGCCUGCCCUAGCGGGAACUGCAUCUCCAGCGUGUGGCUUUGUGAUGGGCAGAAGGAUUGUGAAGAUGGUGCAGAUGAGUUCCAGUGUGACUCCUCCUGUCUUUGGAACCAGUUUGCUUGUUCGAAGAACAAGUGCAUAGCGAAGCAAUGGCUCUGUGAUGGUGAAGACGACUGUGGAGAUGGGGUGGACGAGAGCGUUGACCUCUGCGGCUCGGUGACCUGUGCCCCAGGGUUAUUCAGUUGUCCAGGCUCGUACGCAUGCGUCCCCAAGCGCUGGUUAUGUGACGGGGAGAGAGACUGUCCCGAUGGCAGCGAUGAGCUCGCUGCGGCCGGCUGUGCUCCAAAUAACAUAUGUGAUGAGAAUUCCUUCAGAUGCCUUAACAAAGGCUGCAUUCCAAAGCACUUUGUUUGUGACCAUGACGACGACUGUGGAGAUGGUUCGGAUGAAUCUGUUGAAUGUGUAUACCGCUCAUGUGGGCCAGAUGAGUUCCGCUGUGCUGAUGGCCGAUGCCUGCUCAGCGUCCAGUGGGAGUGUGAUGGUUACCCAGACUGCCCUGACCACUCUGAUGAGCUGCCCCUCAACCUCAAAUGCCUGGCUGCCGAGAGCUUAUGCAACAGUUCCUUUUUCAUGUGCUCAAAUGGCCGCUGUAUAUCUGAGAAGAGUUUAUGUGACCUGAAAGAUGACUGUGGAGAUCGCUCGGAUGAGAAAAACUGCAAUGUCAAUGAAUGUCUCAACCGUCGUGUCAGCGGCUGUACACAGGAUUGCCAGGACUUACCAGUGGGAUACAAGUGUAAGUGCUGGCCAGGAUUUCACCUGAAGAAUGAUAGGAGAACAUGUGUUGACAUUGACGAAUGCUCCACCACACUACCCUGCAGCCAGAACUGCACCAACACUUAUGGUUCCUUCAAGUGUUUGUGUGUAGAUGGCUAUGAAGCUUCCAAAAAAGACCCCAACAGCUGCAAGUCUCUUUCAGCUGAAGAACCCUUUCUUAUACUUGCUGAUCUUCAUGAAAUCAGAAAAUUAAGUGUCGAUGGAUCCAAUUACACUCUACUGAAACAGGGCCUUAACAACAUAAUCAGCUUGGAUUUUGACUACAAGAAGGAGUUCAUUUACUGGAUUGACUCAAGCAGACCCAGCGGCCGGAGGAUAAACAGAAUUCGCCUUAACGGCAGCGACCUCAAGAUUGUUCACCGAACAGCUGUGCCAAGUGCACUGGCUGUGGACUGGAUUGGGAAGAACUUGUACUGGUGCGACGUGGAGAGAAAGACGCUGGACGUGUCCAAAUCUAAUGGUUUAUACCCCACCGUCUUAGUGAGCUCUGGCCUGAAGAACCCAACAGACCUUGCUCUGGAUGCUCAAACCGGGUUUGUGUUCUGGAUUGACUGCUGUGAAAAUCCUCACGUCGGUCGAGUUGGCAUGGAUGGCCAAGGCCAGGGCGUUAUUGUGAACAAAGAAAUCUACAGCCCCUCAGCUCUAACCAUUGACUACACAAACAAGAGAAUCUACUGGGCUGAUGAUAAUCACAUAUUCUUUGCAACUAUGGAUGGUUCUCAGAGGCACCGGGUUCCUCAUGACCACAUCCAGGGUGUGAUGGGACUCACGCUGUUCGAGGACUUCAUUUAUUGGACUGACGGGAAGUCCAAAUCUCUCCGUCGAGCUCAUAAGACCACCGGUUCUAAUGCUGUCGAGCUUUUGAAUUCAUGGCAAGCCAUUAAAUCUGUCAUUGUCUACCACCCGCUGCGCCAGCCUGAAGUCCCCAAACACCAGUGUCAAGUGGCCAAUGGAGGCUGUAGUCACUUGUGCUUACUCUCUCCUGGUGGAGGUCACAAGUGCGCCUGCCCAACUAACUUCUAUUUGGCCGCCGAUAACAAGACAUGCCUGUCCAACUGCACAGCCAGCCAGUUCCGCUGUGGAACGGAUGAGUGCAUCCCAUUCUGGUGGAAAUGCGAUACGGUAGAUGACUGCGGUGAUGGGUCUGAUGAGCCUGCCGAUUGUCCGGAAUUCAAAUGCCAGCCUGGGCGUUUUCAGUGUGGCACUGGCCUUUGCGCCUUACCUCCCUUCAUCUGCGAUGGAGAGAAUGACUGCGGGGACAACUCCGAUGAGGCCAACUGUGAUACAUACAUCUGUCUGUCAGGCCAGUUCAAGUGCACCCGAAAGCAGAAGUGUAUACCAUUAAAUCUUCGCUGCAACGGCCAGGACGACUGCGGGGAUGGCGAGGAUGAGACAGACUGCCCUGAGAGCACAUGUUCUCCAGACCAGUUCCAGUGCAAGGCCACCAUGCAUUGCAUCUCAAAGCUCUGGGUGUGCGAUGAAGACCCAGACUGUGCUGACGGCUCUGAUGAGGCCAAUUGUGAUGAAAAGACCUGUGGACCUCAUGAAUUUCGCUGUGAGAAUAACAACUGCAUCCCGGACCACUGGAGAUGUGACAGCCAGAAUGACUGUGGAGACAACUCCGAUGAGGAGCAUUGCAAGCCGGUGACCUGUAAUCAUAAGGAUUUUGCCUGCGCCAGUGGGGACUGUAUCUCAGCACGCUUCCGUUGCGAUGGUGACUAUGACUGCGCUGAUAAUUCAGAUGAGAAGGAUUGCGAGACACACUGUGAAGAGGAUCAGUUUCAAUGCCACAACAAUCUCUGCAUCUCACGUAAAUGGUUGUGCGAUGGCCAGGAAGACUGUAAGACAGGGGAAGAUGAGAGAAAUUGCCUCGGAACAGUGCUUCCCUCCUGUUCGCUAAGCGAGUAUGUGUGUGCCAGUGGAGGAUGUGUGUCUGCCAGCCUGAGGUGUGAUGGACAUGACAACUGUCUGGACAGUUCUGAUGAGAUGGACUGUGUCAAGGAGUGCAGAGAAGAUGAGUUUCUGUGCAAAAACCAUGCUCACUGCAUCCCUAAACGAUGGCGCUGCGAUGAUGUGUUCGAUUGCGUGGAUCACAGUGAUGAGGAGAACUGUAGUCAUGAUGCUUUCUUCUGUCGCCCCGAUGAGUUCAUUUGCAACAACACCCUGUGUAAGCUGCAUGUGUGGGUGUGCGAUGGUGAGGACGACUGCGGAGACAACUCUGAUGAAGACCCAGAGAUGUGCGCCAAACUACCUUGUCCUCCAGCAAGGCCGUAUCGCUGCAGAAAUGACAGAGUGUGUCUACGACUUGAUCAAAUCUGUAACAAUGUGGAUAACUGUGGGGACAACUCAGAUGAAGAUGAAUGUGAGGCUGUGUCAACUAGGCCCAAGCCAUGUGGGAAGGCAGAGUUUACCUGUAGUAAUCGUAAAUGUAUACCUACACAACUGCAGUGCGACCUGUUUGAUGACUGUGGAGAUGGAGGAUCAGAUGAACAUGACUGCAAGGCUUCUUCAAAUGGAGACAUAUGUGGAAAGAGGAUGAAUCCAUGUGGGGAGGAUGCAGUGUGCAAUCAUACAAACACAAAUGCAAUUUGCCACUGCAAACCUGGCUUUCAGAGAAAUCUCAGAAGCAGAAAGUGUGAAGAAAUCAAUGAGUGUCUUAAUUUUGGCACUUGCUCUCACUAUUGCACAAACACAAAAGGAUCGUACAAAUGUACAUGUGACAAAAAUUAUAAGGAUAUGAAUGGAAGCUGCAUAGCAAAAGGACCAGAAGAUCGAGUGCUCUACAUAGCUAAUGACACUGAAAUCCGAAGUUUUGUGUAUCCAUUUAACCAGAGCCAUGGACACAAAGUACAUGCUCGCACCGAAGAAAAUGCCCGCAUCAUUGGGAUGGAUGCUCUGUAUCACCAACAAAAGUUUAUCUGGGCUACUCAGUUUAAUCCUGGUGGACUUUUUUACAAAGAUAUCCUAAACAGGAGUCAGACUAAAACAAAUGUUGGCAUCAUAUGCCCAGACUUUCGUAGACCCAGAGAUGUAUCAGCUGACUGGGUGACUGGAAAUAUCUAUUGGACAGACCACUCUAGGAUGCACUGGUUCAGUUAUUACACCGCUCACUGGACCAAGCUUAGAUACUCUAUUAAUGUGGGACAACUCAAGGGACCCAACUGCACCCGUCUGAUAACUGACAUUGCAGGAGAGCCUUACGCCAUUACUGUCAAUCCAGUCAAAGGGAUGAUGUAUUGGUCAGUAAUAGGCGACCACUCACACAUAGAGGAGAGUGCGAUGGAUGGCUCCAUGCGUAGAGUGCUACUGGAUAAGAACCUUAGGAGACCCACAGGGUUGGCGAUUGAUUAUUUCAGCCAGCGUGUGUAUUGGGCCGAUGCAGAGCUCUCUGUCAUUGGCAGUGUCCGUUUCGAUGGCUCAGACCCAUUGUUGGUAAUCGAUGGCAAGCAAGGAAUAUCACAGCCGUACAGAAUAGAUAUUUUUGAGGAUUACAUUUAUGGAACAGGACUGAAAAAUGAAGUUUUCAAAAUUCAGAAAUAUGGCAAAAAACCUAUUGAACCUCUUGACUUGGGUAUUGAAAAAACAACAAAUGUCCUGAUCUCUCAUCGUUUCAAGCAGCAGGAUGUGGCCAAUCCCUGUCUACGGAUGACCUGUGAUUUUAUGUGCUUGCUCAAUCCAACCGGAGCCAGCUGCACCUGUCCAGAGGGGAAGACCUUGGUCAAUGGCUCUUGUAUUGACCCCAUUGUCUCAGGUGAAUUGUGCCGACCUGCCUGUGAGAAUGGAGGACGUUGCAUGGCCAAUGAAAAAGGAGACUGGCGCUGUUACUGCUGGCCUAAUUUCUCUGGGGAACGUUGUGAAGUCAACCACUGUACAGAUUACUGCUUAAACGGAGGCACAUGCACUGGCUCACCUCUUGGGAAACCUACUUGCCGCUGCGUGACAGGCUUCACUGGCUCUAACUGUGAGAGGCGGGUCUGUGAUAAUCACUGUCUGAAUGGAGGCACAUGUGACGUAAGCCCUGGAAACCAGCCAGUGUGUCGCUGCUUGGCAGAGUACACGGGUGACCGCUGUCUUUAUCAUAUCUGUCAUCACCACUGCGUCCAUUCCCAGGCCUGCACACUGUCCAGCUCAGGACACGUUGAAUGCGUGUGCCCGCCUCGCUAUGAAGGGGUCAAGUGUGAUGUCGACAAGUGCCUGCGGUGCCACGGAGCACCAUGUAUCAUCAAUGGAGAUACAGGAGAUGUGGCUUGCAACUGUACCAGCGGUCGAAUCGCCUCUAGCUGCCAGUUGUGUGAUGGCUACUGCUAUAACGGAGGCACCUGUCAUCUGGACCCCGACACCAGCCUACCCUUCUGCCACUGCACGGCAGGGUUCAAGAACCAGCGUUGUGAUGAGCUGGCCAAUCCCUGCGAUUACUACUGUCAGAAUGAAGGAAAAUGCACAAUAACUGCCCUUAACAAACCUCGAUGCAAAUGCUCAGCUAAUUGGUCGGGGACGCAGUGCGAGAGGCCGGCCCCCAAGAGCAGCCGCUCCGAUAACACAGCUGGAGGAAGUAUAGCUAUCAUUGUGCCGUUGGUCCUGCUGGUCAUUCUGAUUACUACAGUGGUUGCAGGUGUCUUUAUCUGCAGAAGACGACAAAGGGGGAAACGUGUACAACGGCAGCCCAUAACUAAUGGAGGCAUUAAUGUGGAGAUAGGCAAUCCAUCCUACAACAUGUAUGAGGUGGACCAUGACAACCCCGCAGAUGCAGGAAGCCUUCUCAAACCAAAUUUCACACUUGAUCCCCACAAGGGCUGGUGUGUAAAAUCCAGUGACCCUUGCACGCUGAAUAUUCACUCUGUCCCUAAGGAAGUAAUACCUGGACAGCCAAUGAACUACUCCAAUCCGAUGUACGCGAAGAUGUACCUCGAUGGUCAGAACUGUCGCAAACCAGUCAUCAACAUUGACGAAAGGAGAGAGCUACUCCCAAAGAACUUGAAACUUGAGGGGACGAUUCGAGAAACCGCCGCAUAGCCUGACUACACUUUGUACUCUUUUUUUACUUAAAUGUACAAAAUGUAUAAAACACAAGCAAAACACAAAAUUUUCUAUUUCCUAUCAGGUUCCAGAUUUCUUGUUUAUAUUUGGUUUCUUGGCACCAUCAGCAUUGCGCCUUCAUGUCUGUUGCAAUAUUUGAAGUCAUACUUUUCCGUUUAAUUUUUUUGCAUUUUUGUUGAACUGCACUUGUGAUACACAACUGCUCAUUUGCACAUUGUGCACAGUUAACAAAACUACAAUAGUUGAAUUUUGUUUUAUUUGUGUGUUUAUUUCUUCCUAAGUUUAAAGUGCAUUGCCUUUGGGCAUCAUGACAGCUUUGCCUUUUUUCUUUCUAGUGUUUACUUCACAUUACACUGUGAAAGUUUUCAUUUCCGUUAUAGUAUUAACCUCAUUUAUCAUAUUUAAUUAUGCUAGAAAUGCCAUACUUGUGCCAUUAUAAGAGUUUUUGGUAUAUUCAUGUAACAUUUUCUUUUUUAUUUCCCCCCCACCGCUUUCUUCCACAACAUAGGGCUACACAAGUCAACCACUUGACUUCAGUCAGUUCUCAUUGAAGAUAUGCGUUUAAAUCUAUCCAGUGUUGUUUACUUUUGCUUCAUGAUGUGAUAUUUCAUUUCCACCUCCCAAAAAUGCUGCAAUUAUAAACCAUGUUUGUGAACCCCAACCAUGUGGCAUGCUGGGAUAGCUCAGCACUGAAUUUAAUUAUUGACAGAGUGCAAUCUGGUCUACGGCUUGACAACAUUCUUGCAGAGCUGAAGUCGUUUUGAUGGUCAUUAAACUACAGUCUGGUAGUUUGAAAGAAGGCUGUGUAAAAAAAAAUACUACUUUUCUGCUACUUUGCCUGCUUAAAGCUACAUUUGAGCUCAGCAAUACAACUACACCGGCAUCAUCAAGCAAAUUAAGGCUGACAAAAUUGACUUCAUCACUGUUAGA